CAUGUGACGUAUGAGUCUUCCAGUUGCAGCCGCCAUCUUCUUGUUGUCCAGAAAGGGCAGAGAACGACGACGGGUGACGGCUGAAGUAAAUUUCAAGGCCGUGGUUAUUUUUCUUCUUCGAGUCAGCGUAUAACAGUUAGUUACAUGAGUUCAUGGACUGCCUACUAAUCAAUGGUUAUGGUAUUGAAAAGGCUGGUGUAAGAUUUCACGGGUCACUCUGCUUAAAGAUGGACGACAAGGCGGCGAGGGAAGAUGCCUGCCGAGAGUAUCAGUCCUCGCUGGAAGACCUAACAUUCAACAGCAAGCCGCACAUCAACAUGCUGACCAUUCUGGCCGAGGAAAACCUCAACUUCGCCAAGGAUAUCGUCGCAAUUAUUGAAGCACAAAUAAGCAAGGCGCCACCUGCUGAGAAGCUGCCAGUUUUGUACUUAGUGGAUUCCAUAGUGAAGAAUGUUGGAGGACAGUACCUUGAAGUGUUUGCUAAAAACCUAAUCACUUCAUUUAUAUGUGUCUUUGAAAAGGUGGAUGAAAACACUAGAAAGAGUCUGUUCAAGUUACGAUCGACGUGGGAUGAUGUGUUUCCCCUGAAGAAACUGUAUGCGCUGGACGUCCGGGUCAACUCUCUGGACCCAGCCUGGCCCAUCAAGCCGCUGCCGCACACUGUCAAUGCCAGCAUUCAUGUCAACCCCAAGUUCUUGAAACAGUCUGAGGACGUAUCCUCUCCACAGCCGGUUAUCACCCAGGCCCCCCCAGCAACCACCGCUCACCAGCCGACCCCAGCCAUCAGCCCGUCCAGUGUGACCCAGGAGCAGCUGAUCCGGCAGCAGCUGCUGGCCAAACAGAAACAGCUUCUGGAGCUUCAGCAGAAGAAGAUCGAGCUGGAGCUGGAGCAGACCAAAGCACAGCUGGCUGGUGGUUUUGUGUUACCCACCUCGACUCCAGCAGCGCCGAGCACAGCGUCGAAGCCCGUUAGCCAAACUGCCCCUGUGGUCCGAUCCUGGAUCUCUCCUUCUCAGACUCAGACUGACAACAAACCUACCCUCCGUCUGACGCCCUCUGGCCCCCCAGCUGCCCCCCAGCCCAAAGAACAGCCUGCUGGGAAAAAAGAUGCUCCCCCCACAACUGGAAGUCCCACUUUGACACCUGAGAAACGACUGCCGGAGAAACCCACCCGGCUGGAGAAGGCCAGGACCCCGAAGAAAGAGGUGUCAGAGGAGAAGCCAAAGUCCAAGUCUCUGUCUCCAAUGGCUAAAAGCAUCCAAAGCAAAACCAAACAGACCGAGUGUGAGGCUCAGAAGUCAGCUGAUGGCACAAAGAAAGAUCCCAGGCUGAAGAAACGUACUCAGGACAAGACUGGAGAGGCCAAAGAUGAUGAGAUGAAGGAGAAGAAAAGAUGCAGCAACAAGAAGGACAGAGAGGAGGCCGCACGGGGAAUAGAGCCUCAGAGGUUCAGCAAAGGGAAGCUGGUGAACGGCUCAGUGACCAAACACGACCGCGAGGAGUCCACCGAGAAGAUCGAGUUCAAGGCUGGAGGCAACGCUCGAACACACGCCAGGAAACGCACCCGUUCUCGGUCCAGGUCGCGAUCCCCCACCACCUCCCCGAAGAGGAAGGAGAGGCGCUCACCAAAGAGCAGGACCCGGAGCAGCUCCCUGUCCCCGUCACCCUCUCACAAGCCCUUCAAACCACGGAGGGUUCGGACAGAUGAACCACAGCACGUCAAGCAGGGGCGAGAGGACCGGCUGGCGCCUAAGAAGAACCAGUCGGAGAGCCGGAGGUCGAAGAGGCCAGGGGAGGACCGGCACUGUGAAUCCAGAGACUCUCACUCUCCACGGAGCCAUGACGGAGGCAGCAAGGAGAAUAAAGAGACUCCUCACCGCUGGAGAAGUGGCUGGGAGGACAAUAAACAUCUGAAGCUGUCAGAGGAUGUGAAGCCUGGACCUCAGAGACAUAAACCGUAUGGCACCCCGACUCGGCCCACCACCCCCCGAACCACGAAGCACCGCCUCAGUGUGGAUGCCAACCUGCAGAUUCCUGAUGUCCUCAACUCUGCCUCCAAGAAGGACCUGCUCAGGAGGGCCAGUAAGCGUCUGGAGAGCGGAGAGAUUUCCCAGGAGGAGUUCCUGAACAUGGCCCACCAGAUCAAACACUUCUUCCAGUAUCAGGAGGAGAAGCAGCAACAUUCUGAGAGCUGGGACGACUCUGCCGACUUCUCUGCCAAGAAACAGACACUGAUGGCCACACCCCCAUCACCUCUGCCCCGCCCCCAUGACACUAUGGAUGCGGCGGAGCUGUCAUACUAUGAGCACAAGUCCAAACUGAGGAAGACCCAGGUCACUCACCGUGUGGUCGAAGACGAGUGGGAGGGCAGGGAGAGUCCAGAGGAUGGUGAGGAAGGGGGACAAGGCGACAAGGUGACCGGUGGCCGGAGUGCGCCACGAAAAUACAGCCGGAUGCCACGGGACAGACCGGGUGAGAGGCAGAGUGAAGAGCCCCGCCCUCCGCCAGGCCCCAUGAUCGAGGAGUACAACCAUGGCAAAGAGUUCCCCCCUCUGAAGUCUCUGCAGGGCCUUCGCUUCAGGAGGCGAGUCGAUACCAGAGAGUCAAAGAGGUCAGAGGUCAGGUUCUGGAGCUGCGGGGUGUCAGGGUCUCGAACAGUGACACUUCAGCAGGGUGAGAGAGAGUGGAACUCGCCCCUGACUGAGCGCCAGCGUGAGGAACAGAAGAGUGGCUAUGACGCUCCGCGGAGGUACGCCCUGCACCCUGACCCUCGGAGGCCCGAGGGGCCUCCACUCCCUGGCAGUAUGGGCUUCCAGCAGCAGCGACCCGUGCUUUUCGAGGGUCCUCACAACCAAAUGGGACCCAUGAGGUUUGAUGGUCCCGGUCACUUCGAGGGUCCCGGCCAGCAAGGUCCCAGGUUUGACAUUCCUGUUGUGCCCCCAAGGUUUCAGGGUCCCCCUGGCCAGCAGGGGCCUCCCAGGUUUCCCCAACACAACCUGCAGCCCCCCAUGAGGCAAAUGGCCCCACCUGUUUAUGAGAACCCCAUGGGCCCCCAGCAGAACUUCAACAUGGCCCCCCAGCGUUUUCCAGAUCCCAUGAACCCUCAGUUCCCUGCAGGGCCGAUGACGUUCCCAGCACAACCAAACCUGCAGCAAGGGGGAAACUUCAACAUGCAGCCAGCCCCCGCCCCCUUCUACAACCCUGCUCCCCCCACUGUCGGCAUGCAGCAGCCGGUGAACAUGAUUGGAAACGUGAACCAGCCCUUCCUACCUCAGAACCCAGUGCCUUUCAGACCACCGGCUCAGCAGGUCCCUCCGGAGAACCACUUCGGGCAGGUUGACGUCAACGACCUGCUGUCCAAACUCAUCUCCACCGGCAUCAUCAAACCCUCUCAGCCCGACGCUGCUCUGAGCACCAGCAGUGAGUCGAGCUCCACAACUCCAGCACCCCCACCUGUGGUGGAGGAGGAGGAGGAGGAGGAGCAGGAGCAGGAGGUGGAGGUGGAGGAGGAGGAAGAUGAUGUCCCGGACCUUACCAGCUUCGCCAUCGAUGACAUGAAACAGCGCUACGAGAGCAUUGUGACCAAGCUGUACUCAGGGAACCAGUGCUGCCUGUGCAGCAUGAGGUUCACCACUGCUCAGACCGACAUGUAUGCCGACCACCUGGACUGGCACUUCAGACAGAACCAUGCCGGCAAGGUCGCCAGUAAGAAGGUCACGCACCGCCGCUGGUACUACAGCCUCACGGACUGGAUCGAGUUUGAGGAGAUUGCUGACCUGGAGGAGCGAGCCAAGAGUCAGUUCUUUGAGAAGGAGAAUGAGGAGGAGGUUCAGAAGAGCCAGGCGGCAGCCAAGGAGAGGGAGUUCCAGAGCCACUGUGGCCAACAAAAUGUCAGCGUGUGUGAGAGGAGUCAAGCUGGUCAUGGUGUGUUUGUGUGUUUCCUCCUGCAGUCAUGUGAAAUCUGCCAGGAGCCGUUUGAGACGUACUGGGUGGAGGAGGAAGAGGACUGGUUCCUGAAAAACGCCAUCAGGGUUGAUGACAAGAACUUCCAUCCCUCCUGUUUUGAAGACUAUAAAAAUACGUCGUCGUACCUUGACAUCACGCCGUCGCCCAACAAGGUGCUGGCCGAGCACCCGCUGAGCGCCUUUGUAAAGACAGAAGAAGAGAGCACUUCCUGUAACAUGGCCAGUUCUUUAGACAAAGAGGAGGCGGAGUGUGAGGGCGGCGAGCAUCCUGAGGUGAAAACAGAAGAAGAGCAGCAGGUUGAACCAGACCAAGUGAAGUCAGAAGAAGACAAACUGUGACCACACUGCUCCUGCACCUUCUCACUCUCGGGAAAGGAGAUAGUUUUAGCGUGCGGCGGGGGCCGGGUCCUCAACAGUGCACGCCUCAAUACAUUUUUGUAUUUGGAUUCUGUGCGGCCAUUUCAGGUCUGUCUGUAAAUAAAAACUGAACUGGAAGUGUUUAUUAAAAAGCAAAGAGAUGUUUUGUUUCAUGUGGCUAUGAGCUGUACAUGAUUUAAUUUAUAAAUUAAAGUAUUUUUGGUA